AUGGAGCAAGUAGUCAACGAAGAAUUUGAGUGUCAAAGUUGGGAGGAACAACUCGGCGAUGUUGCAGAUGAGCCAGCUCUUUGUGAAAGCAUUCCUGACUUCAUAGUUGCUAACAUAAAAAAACUAAAAGAAACGGAAAACACAACUCUACGACAAAUCGCCCAGAAAUACACGUUUCCCUUGUCAUACGAUGAAGUCAGAGAUCUCUGCAGAUUGAAGAUGAAGUUUCAAAAGGACGACCAAUACUUCUCUAUGUCCAUGCCACAGCUGGGAUACCCAAAAAGAGGUAUAAUAUACUUUAUGCCUAAGUAUAUCAAGAAAAUUGAACCGAAAGACAAACAUCCUACUUACAUGCUUCUAAAUCCAACAUACGAACCAGUCGAAGGUACAGAGGUCCUUGUUGACUAUGAAAAGUGUGCAUCGGUCAAAAGCCUAUGUGGAUUAGUCCCGCGAUACAAUGAGAUUAGGUACAAAGCAUAUAAUCCUUUCGGAGAACUUGAGGAGGGUACAAUACAUGGCCACACGGCGAGAUGCAUUCAGCAUGAGAUUGAUCAUUUGAACGGAUUGCUGUUUAUUGACAAAGCUCAACAUAUCAUCACUAUCAAGGAACAUCGGUGGAGAAGAAGUAUAGGAAAACUUCAAUUUUUGAUGGAUAUUUAG